CUUCUAUACUUAACCAUUGGUUUCUCAAAACUCAGAUCUAUUCCUGGUCAGGCGCUGAAAAAUCAUAGUGACAUUGCUGAAUGAAGAUGCAGAAAGAAUAGACAUCUUGUAUUAUAAGAAUGAACUGCCCGUCUUUGCUAGGAAUCUGGUCUAUGCUUAUCAUUCUGCAAGCCCAAACAAAGGCAAUUUUAUACCCCUUCUGGCAGAAUGAUACUAAGACUCCAAAGGUUGACGAUGGAAGCUCAGCUGAAAUUAAAUUAUCCAUUCCGUUUGUAUUUUUUGGCGUUCCUUAUAGGUCACUCUAUGUUAACAAUAAUGGAGUGAUCUCCUUCAAUGUUCUAGUCAGCCAGUUCACUCCUGAAGCUUUUCCUCUAGCAGAUGGACGUGCCUUCAUGGCACCUUUUUGGGCUGAUGUCCACAAUGGAAUACGUGGAGAAAUCUACUAUAAGGAGACAACAGACCAAGCAAUCCUGAAGAAGAUAUCCAAAGAAAUCAGGAAGCACUUUAAAAAUGUCCCAUUUUUUUCUGCAACGUGGGUUUUUGUGGUCACAUGGGAUGAAGUCACCUUUUAUGGAGGAAGCAGCACAACUCCUGUGAAUACAUUUCAAGCUCUGCUGAUCUCAGAUGGGAUAUCAAGCUUUGCCAUUUUCAAUUAUGCUGAGAUUACUUGGACAACAGGGACUGCAAGUGGGGGAGACCCUCUAACUGGUCUUGGUGGAGUAAUGGCCCAGGCUGGAUUUAAUGGUGGUAACAGUACCAAUUUCUUCAGUGUUCCUGGCUCCAGAUCACCCGAAAUAGUUAAUAUUGAGGAGACUACAAAUGUGAAUGUUCCUGGACGUUGGCUCUUCAGAAUUGAUGGCAAGGAAAUUGACCCAGCUAAUGGUUGUAGUUUAAAAGGGCAAUUCUUACGCCAGGGAGAGCUGUUCUGGGAGAAUGGAAAUUGCUCAACGAGGUGUCGUUGUCUGAAUUUUAAUAAUCAAAUAUCUUGCCAAGAGUCAGUUUGUGGACCAUAUGAAGUCUGUGAACCAAAGGAAAAAGUUUUCCAGUGUCUUUCUGUAGAGAGCAGUACUUGUGUGGUUUUUGGAGAUCCACAUUAUCACACAUUUGAUGGACUCCUUUUCCAUUUUCAGGGAUCUUGUUCUUAUCUCCUUGCUAAGAAUUGUUGGCCAGGAAGUUCUUUACCAUUCUUUUCUGUAGAAGCCAAGAAUGAAAAUCGUGGAGGAUCCUCUGUGUCAUGGCUGAGGGAUGUUUCUUUGGAGGUCUAUUCACAUAACAUUGUUAUUCCAAAGAAUAGCUUUGGGAAAGUAAAGGUAGACAACUUGAUAUUUUCCUUGCCAAUGAUUCUGGAACAUGGGGCCAUCAAAAUUUAUCAGAGUGGAUUAUCGACAGCUGUGGAAACAGACUUUGGUCUACUAGUGAUGUAUGAUGGUGAACACUAUGCUUCCAUAUCAGUGCCAGGCACCUACAUUAACUCAACAUGUGGAAUGUGUGGGAACUAUAACAAGAAUCCACAAGAUGACACACUCCGCUCAGAUGGGAAACUGGCUACAUCUGUCCUAGACUUAGGUGACAGCUGGAGAGUUUACCAUCCAGACUGGAGGUGCUCCUCUGGAUGUCUAGAUAACUGCAGUUUAUGUGAUUCUUCAAUGGAGUCUGCUUAUUUCACUUCAGAAUACUGUGGUUUCAUAAAUAUGACUGGAGGUCCUCUGUGGGAAUGUAGCACUGUGGUGGAUCCUACUGCUUUUGUCCACAGUUGUGUUUAUGAUCUCUGUGGCAACAGAGACAAUGGCACAGGACUUUGCCAAGCUAUCCAAGCCUAUGCUCUUGUUUGCCAAGCUCUAGGGAUACCAUUGGGAGAUUGGCGAUCUCAGACUGGCUGUGCAUCUGCUGUGCAGUGCCCCGAAUUCAGCCAUUACUCCGUUUGUACAAGCAGCUGUCCAGCCACAUGUUCUGAUCUUACAGCCCCCUUCUCUUGCAGUAGUCCUUGUACAGAAGGCUGUGAGUGUGAUGACGGUUAUGUACUGAGUGCAGAUUUGUGCGUCCCUGUGGGUAAAUGUGGCUGCGAAAUAGAUGGAAAAUAUUAUGUGGCUGGGGAUUCAUUUUGGGCCAGUGCAGACUGCACUGUGGAAUGUUGGUGUGAAGAUGGAGGAGACAUUUCUUGUUUCAAUACCACCUGUCGUGAUGGUGAGAUAUGCUCUGUGGAAAAUGGAUACCAGGGAUGCUAUCCUAGAAGGGAAAGUAUUUGCUUAGUUAAUCAAAACCAAGUGAUAAGUACGUUUGAUUCUGUAACAUUUCCUUAUCCAGUGGAGUAUUCUUACACUUUAUUAAAAACAUGUCCAGAUAAGGCUGAGUUUAUUACGGUUGACAUCAGCAAAAAGAAACCAGACUCAAAUACGAACUGGAUAAGGCCUCUGCGAAUUCAAGUGGCCAAGCAAGAAAUUAGAAUUGGUGGUAUCAGCACAUCUGAAAUCAAGGUUAAUGGAUUUGAGGUGGAACUACCAUUCUAUUUGUCAUCUGGUGACCUGGAAAUUUACCGUAAUAGAAAUGGAACAGUUAUUGAGUCAGAAUCUCAAGUUAAAAUCCUAUAUUCCGAUCAAGGCUUGAUUCAAAUUACACUUUCUACAUUAUACUUUAAUUGCACUGGUGGGCUUUGUGGGUUCUUUAAUGGAAAUGAAGAAGAUGAAUUCUGUUUUCCAAAUGGGAAAUGCACAGAUAAUGUGGCAGUAUUCUUGGAGAGCUGGACCACUUUUGACGAGAUUUGUAACGGAGAAUGUGGAGAUUUGCUUAAAGCUUGUAACAAUGACUCUGAAUUAUUAAAAUAUUACAAGAGUCGGUCCAAAUGUGGAAUUAUCAAUGAUCCCAGCAACAGUUCAUUUCUGGAUUGCCAUGCUGUGGUUAAUGUGUCUGCUUACUACAGGACUUGUCUUUUCCGCUUAUGUCAAAGUGGAGGAAACCAGACUGAAUUGUGUGACUCAGUCAGUCGAUAUGCCAUGGCCUGCCAAAAUGCUGCUGUAGAUGUUGGCCAAUGGAGAAGUCAACAUUUUUGCCCACUUGUGUGUCCAGAAAACAGCCACUUUGAAGAAUGCAUAAUCUGUUCUGAAACUUGUGACACACUUGUCUCAGGUCCUGUGUGUGUCGAUAGCUGCACAGAAGGAUGUCAGUGUGAUGAAGGGUAUGCUUUGCGGGGAAGUCGGUGCGUAACAAAGAGUGAAUGUGGCUGUAGUUUUGAUGGACACCAAGUUUCUACUAAUGACACUUUCUGGGCUGAUAUGGACUGCAAAUCAUUUUGUUAUUGCAAUGGAUCAGACAACAGUGUGUACUGUGAGACCUCCCCAUGUAAGGAUGAUGAAUACUGUAUGGAGGACAAUGGAUUGUAUUACUGCCAGCCACGAACAGAUGCAUCAUGUAUUGUCUCAGGAUAUGGUCAUUAUCUGACAUUCGAUGGCCUUCCAUUUGAUUUUCAGAGCAGUUGUUCUCUCAUUCUCUGCACAACAGUUACUAACUUUAAAGCAGAUUCCUUUCCCAAAUUUACAGUUACUGCUAAGAAUGAAGACCGAGAUCCCUCUUUGGCUUUAUGGGUAAAACAAGUGGAAGUCGAAGUUUACAAUUACAAUAUUGUCAUCUAUCGAGCAUACAAGCACACUGUACUGGUGAACAAUGAAAGACUGUACUUGCCUCUUAAGCUGGGGCAUGGAAAGGUGAAUAUUUUUGCAUUUGGUUUUCACAUUGUCGUAGAGACUGAAUUUGGACUAAAAGUUGUGUAUGACUGGAAGACAUUUCUUUCUGUUACGAUCCCACGCCAUAUGCAAAACAGCACAUAUGGUCUUUGUGGAAGAUACAAUGGGAAUUUGGAAGAUGACCUACAGACGUCCAGUGGCUUUAUAAGUUUGGAUGUGAAUGAGUUUGGCCAUAGCUGGGUGAAGAGAGAUACAUUUUGUCAAGUUGGUUGUGGCGAUAGAUGUCCAACCUGCACUAAAGUUGAUGGAUUCUGGAAAGCACAACAACUUUGCAGCAUUAUCCCAAAUAGAAACAGUGCUUUUGCAAAAUGCCACAGCAAAGUGAAUCCAAACUUUUUUUUCAAGAAUUGCUUAUUUGACUCUUGUAUUGAUGGAGGUGUUGUGCAGACUGCCUGUAGCUGGCUACAGAACUAUGCAAGCACAUGUCAAACUCAAGGAAUUGCUGUUACUGGUUGGAGAAACUCUACCUCUUGCUAUGUCACCUGUCCUUCUUACAGUCACUACGAGAGCUGUGUGAGCGUGUGCCAACCGCGUUGUGCUGCCAUUCGAUUGAAAAGUGACUGUAAUCAUUACUGUGUGGAAGGCUGCCAAUGUGACCCAGGAUAUGUACUCAAUGGAAAGAGCUGUAUUUUACCCCACAAUUGCGGAUGUUACGCUGAUGGCAAAUACUAUGAGCCUAAGCAGCUGUUCUGGAAUAGUGACUGUACCAGACGCUGUCGCUGUUUUGGCCGAAACCUCAUCCAGUGUGACCCACGGCACUGCAAAUCAGAUGAGGAGUGUGCUCUGAGAAAUGGAGUAAGAGGCUGCUUCAGCAAAAAGAGCUCUUACUGUAUUGCUGCAGGAGGAGGUGUCUUUCGAACUUUUGAUGGAGCUUUUCUCCGCUUUCCAGCGAACUGCGCAUUUGUAUUGUCCACAAUUUGCCAGAAACUUCCAGAUAUUUCCUUCCAACUCAUCAUUAACUUUGAUAAGUGGUCCUCUCCAAAUUUGACUGUUAUCUCACCUGUUUACUUUUACAUUAACGAAGAACAAAUACUCAUUAAUGACCGCAACACUGUGAAGGUAAAUGGCACACAAGUUACUGUCCCAUUUGUAACAGGACUGUCAACUAAAAUUUACAACAUGGAGGGUUUUUUGGUCAUAGACACAAGUCCCGACAUUCAAAUUCACUACAAUGGCUUCAACAUUAUUAAAAUAAGUAUCAGUGAAAGACUUCAGAAUAAAGUUUGUGGUCUUUGUGGUAACUUCAAUGGAGAUUUAACAGAUGAUUAUGUGACACUCAGAGGAAAACCAGUAGUGAGCAGUGUUGUUUUGGCACAGAGCUGGAAGACUAAUGGAAUGCAAAAAAGGUGAAAAUAAUUUAUUUUGUUUUCCAGUUGCAAUGAGCUUCAAUAUUCUCAGUAUGCCUCAACAUGUGAUAAUGUGCAUAUUCAAAAGCUCCAGAGUGAUGGAUACUGCCUCAAAUUAACAGAUAUGAAGGGAUUCUUCCAACCAUGUUAUGGACUACUUGACCCUGUCCCUUUCUAUGAGUCUUGCUUCCUGGAUGGGUGUUAUAACAACAAAAAGUUCCAAUUAUGUGGCUCACUAGCGGCCUAUGGAGAGGCAUGCAGAUCAUUUGGAAUUCUCAGCACUGAGUGGAUUGAGAAGGAAAAUUGCUCAGGAGUUAUUGAGGAUCCAUGUAUUGGUGCAGACUGUCCGAACAGGACCUGUGAAGUAGACAAUGGAGGAGAGCUUUGUGGAUGCAUGGACCCACCAGUUUAUGGAAAUGACACUCAUGAUAUAAUUGAUGCAGAGGUGACCUGCAAAGCUGCCCAGAUGGAGGUAUCUAUAUCGAAAUGCAAGCUGUUUCAGCUUGGCUUUGAGAGAGAAGGUGUUCGGAUCAAUGACAGACACUGCCCUGGAAUUGAGGGAGAAGAUUUCAUUUCUUUUCAGAUAAACAACACCAAGGGAAACUGUGGAAAUAUUGUACAGUCUAAUGGCACUCACAUAAUGUACAAAAACACAGUGUGGAUAGAGAGUGCAAACAAUACUGGUAACAUAAUAACACGCGAUCGAACAAUCAAUGUGGAAUUUUCAUGUGCAUAUGAAUUGGAUAUAAAAAUCUCUUUGGAUUCUGUUAUACGACCGAUGCUAAGUGUAAUUAACCUCACUGUUCCGACUCAAGAGGGAAGCUUCACGACCAAGAUGGCCCUUUACAAGAAUGCAUCGUAUAAGCACCCAUAUCGCCAAGGAGAGGUGGUGCUCACAACUCGGGAUGUGCUGUUUGUUGGGGUGUUUGUUGUAGGGGCGGAUUCAACUCACCUUAUUUUAAUCCUAAACAAAUGCUACGCUACACCAUCUCGGGACAGCAAUGAUAAACUGCGGUACUUCAUCAUCGAAGGAGGGUGUCCAAACAUCAAAGACAACACCAUUGGAAUAGAAGAGAAUGGAAUAUCUCUUACAUGUCGUUUUCAUGUCACAGUCUUUAAGUUUAUAGGUGACUAUGAUGAAGUUCACCUUCAUUGUGCAGUCUCUCUUUGUGACUCUGAAAAAUAUUCUUGUAAAAUUAACUGUCCCCAAAAUUCCAGGAGUGGUGCUGACCAUGCUCAGGACUCAAAGGAGCAAAUUAUUUCUGUGGGCCCGAUAAGAAGGAAACGUUUGGACUGGUGUGAAGAUAAUGGAGGCUGUGAGCAGAUUUGUACAAGUAGAGUAGAUGGACCGUUGUGUAGCUGUGUGACUGGUACAUUACAGGAGGAUGGUCGAAGCUGCAGAGUUUCCAGUACUUCAGCUGAACAUUGUGCCUGGCUGUUUCCUUUGAUAAUAAGUCAGAUAUCUCUGUGGGUUUUUAUUCUGAAAACAAAGCAAUAAGUCAAAAUAAAUUAAAGAUUCUUCUGAUUAAAUAUUCCAGUUCAUUUUACAGGGAUA